AUGGAGCUGCUGGCCGUGCUGGGCUGUGCCCUGCUGCUCCCCACGGUGCUGGGGGAGGAUUGUCCAUCCCAGUGCAGCUGCUGGUCCCUGGGGGAGCCCUGGGGGACAGGGGUGGACUGCAGCUCUCGGGGGCUGCGCGCCCUGCCCGCCCUGCCCCGCCUGACCCGCAUCCUGCACCUGCACAACAACAGCCUGGCCUCCAUCCCUGCCGGGGCCCUGGACGGCCUGGGCCACCUGCAGGAGCUGAGGCUGUGGGACAACCCCUGGCACUGUGACUGUCACAUCCUGUACCUGAAGCUCUGGCUGCAGGAUUUCUCGGCGCCCGCGCUCGCCCGGCUCCGCUGCGCCAGCCCCGCUCCGCUCAGGAUGAAGCCCCUGGGGCAGCUGACUGGGAAUGACCUGGGUGUCUGCACCAGGCUUCUCCCGACCAAGUGCCUCCAGUUCUUCUGGAGAGACCUCAUUUUAAUUGCUGGAGCAGUAAUUACCCUCCUUUUAGUGGCGUGGGCUCUGAAGUUCUCCAAAAAGCUGGUCUGCCAGCUCCGCCUCGGGAGCCGGCAGCUGAGGAGGAGCAUCCCCAAAACCCACAAGAUUUCUCACUGUGAGUUUACAACCCAUCAGCAUCUCUUGGUGUCCCAGGGGGCUUGGCAGGACCAUUCCUGUGUGCGGGAAAACUCAGCCCUCUCUUCCUCAGGUUCAGGAGCUCCCUGCCACCAAAAGCACCCAGAUUACACAGACCAGACACUGAAUGCAUCCCUGAUUGAAUGCAGUUAA